AACACCCUGUGUGGCUCUGUCAAGAAUCGAGAUGGACCGAACUCGGUCGUAGACGUCAAUCAACGCAAAAAAGAUUAGCUAAAUUUUGGUUAGUUUCUUAAUAUUCUUCGCAUUCAAAAUAAAUAGUGGAAAAUUCUACGCUUUGGUAGUGUCUACGCAGUAAUGAAAUGGUAAAACAAAUUGAUCAAAACCAGUUUAAGUAUAUUUUUAUCAGUCUCCAUUACAAAACUAAAAAUGAGUGCUAAGGACAAGGAGAACACACUGAACAAACUAAAGCAAUUUUUUCGCAUCUCUAAAACCAGUGGGACAACUCACCGGGAUCGAAAUUGUUUCCCAAUAUCAUCCGAGUUGGAAAGAGAAUUGCAACCGGAAACGCCCGUGGGACAACGUUGCAAAGCGUUGAAGGACUUUAGUGACAAUGUAAUCAAGUAUCGUUUGGAAGUAGACGCCGUACAGCUUCUUUGGCAAUUAACGAAAGAUUUAAUUGUCGGAAACAAAUCUACUGAACAAAGACACGUUGCAUUGAAUUUCUACUGCAAACUGAUUCAAGGACAGUAUGACAAUUUGAAAUUGAUGAGAGCCCACUUUUUCCGAGUUAUCGUUUCACACGAGGAACCCGAAGAUAUCGCCUACCGACUAGAAAUGCUCACAAGACUCACAGAAAAUGGAAAAAACAUUCAGUAUUUCGAGAAGGAAAUUGGAUCAUUUCUUGUCCAGUGGAUUCCGCAAAUUGAUCAAGCCGGGUUGAUUGUCCCCUUGCUAGAUUUGAUUGUUAAUCUGGUCAAGUACAAUGCAGCAAGCUUGGAAAAAAAUUUCUUAGUUGGAAUUGUUAACUAUAUUUUUGAUAUCACAUGUAAAGUUGAUGAUACACAAACUAUCCUGCUUUGCUUAUCAGUUCUGGAUUGCUUCAUCUGUUACGCUAUCAUUCCGAGCGAAACACUGACACUGUUCAUCGUCAUUCUCUGCCGAACAGUGAAUCGAGAAGCUUACUGCCAGACAUCGUGGAAAAUCAUGAAGAAUUUGUUCGGGACGGCACUAGGGCAUGCAACGUUGUUGACUAUGUGCAACAUUUUGAACGACAAAACAUUCUACAGGGACGAAGCGCUAUUGCGUGGGGCUAUAUUCCACACCAAUGUUGGCCUUUGGGGUGUUAGUGGAUGCCCUGUCCCCAUUCUAAACUGCUCACCGUCGAUCGUGUUGAAUAGUUUUUGGAACGCACUGAAAAGUGAACAUGAGGUCGUGACGUACGAAGUUAUUCUAAGCAUUCAUCGGCUUAUACAAAAAAGUGGCUCGGAAUUGAAUGAACCAACAUGGGACAUCAUAUGUGAUAUCAUGACAGAGAUAUCUUCUAAUUUGGCAAAAUACAGAUUGCCUAAUGAAAAUCAAAUCGUGAAACAUUUUCACGAAACGUUGGAUCUGAUUGAAGAGCUUCUGGAACGAAAUGACAUAAAUGCCGAUCCGGAAAAGAUUUAUGGACUAAUUGAGAAGGUAUCCAACGAACGCCCGGAAGCAUCGGUAAAAGGAUUGAUCGAAUACAUGACAUUGAAAAUUUCUGCCACGCGGCCGCAGUGGCUGUUGGAGCUUUGUUCCUUCAUGGAUCGCUUCUACAAAAUGAAAAACACAAUGAUUCGUGUGUAUGCUGUCCAAGCUCUGGUGCGAAUAAUGACCAUCAAUCGAGCGGCAUACGAAGAGGAAAUCUUGGAGCGUAUCGUUAUGGUUCAUCUGGGUGGAGUGAUUCAUGAAACGGACGCCGAAGUACGGAAAGCUGUAGCCAGUGCGCUUAUUGAAUUUAUUUCGCACUGUGAUACAAAGCGGUGUUUCGAAUUGUUGGAAAUUGUUGGCAAGAUGCUCCAACGUCCCUACGAUUGCUAUGCACAAAAUAAAUCGAUCGUGACAUCGAUUAGAGACGUUGAAGACAUUAUCGUGCUCGUUGAGGGGUUGAUUCGAAUUUUCGGGGUAAAACUAUAUCGCAUUCCAUCGACUCAUGCCAUUAAGGUGUACCAGUUACUAAUGCGCUCGCUGGAGGCUCACUAUGAGAAUCCUGUUGUAUUUCAAAAUGUGAACAUCGUACGACAUAAAAUCUUUUCUUGGAUGUUGAAGGCUCGUGCAAAUAUUUCCUUUCACGUUGGAUACCCUGAUCCGAUGAAUAUGAAUAAAAUCCGUUUCAGCUACUAUUUGGGAAUCGAGGGCCCGUACCAACAUCAAAGUAUGCAGCCACAGCAGCAAUCAACCCCGUCCCAACAAGCGCAAUCAUCGAGUCAGCUAAAUUUAGCUCAACAAGAUGCUGGAAAAACGACUGAAGCCAUGCCUUCCACCAAUUUGACGACCAUCUCAAUCAAACGUGGUUGCCAGAUAAUUGUGGUUUGUCUAAAAGAGGAAAAGGAUUGGCAGAUCAUUCAGUUAGUGCUAUCUGAGUUACCCAACAUAAUGGAAAACAAGGCACUAAUCCAGGGGAACGAUAUUGAUUCACUAGCCAAAACACUCUUUCGAAUGUACAACGAUAGGAUGUUAGUCGAUAGACUUUUGUUCUAUCUGAACAAACCCACUCAAUCUGAUAUUCAUGACCUCGUACUGCCAGCGCUGGCUAGUUUGGCUACAUACCAUCAGCAUUUGGAGUUUUCGACCAAAAAGAACAUUAUAGAAGCACUUAAGCAGGGCCUUAUUUCAAGACGGCCCCAGGUAUGCAUUCAAACCCUGACGGUGUUGCUUCUUGAGAUGCCAGACCCUUUAGUGUCCAAAUUGACCGAUUUGUUAUUUGAGCUCAGUAAAAUGGCAAAUACUACGACUGUCGCUGUUUCGGUGUUGGAAUUUUUGUCCACACUUAGCCAUUUGCCAAGUGACAGAAUCGCCAACUUCCGAGUUGUGGAAUAUAUGUACGUUCUGGCAAUGUCGUUUCCGUAUACAAAUCCGUACCGUUAUGAUCAUUAUACUGUUUCUUUGGCCCAUCACGUUAUUGCUGGUUGGUUCCUUAAGUGUCGUCUACCUAUGCGCAAAAACUUGGUUGAUUACAUCGUAAAAGGUCUAGAAUCUUACGUUCACACGCCGUUCCAGGACGGCUCGAAGCCUCGCAACGACUUUUCGCAGGUCAAUGAAGAUUCCUCCAAUCGCAAGCGCAGCUCUAGCUUAACCGAGCAAGGAUCCAAACGAAGAGGAGCAGGCGAUCGUAGUGCCAUUCAACAACAAUCCCAACAGCGACCCUCCAAACCAAACAGUGACCUUCACAAUUUUCAUUUCGAGUUGGCUGAAACAUGCAUCGAUUUCAUGGCAAAUCACACAUAUUCCCCUUGUGGCGGUAUGGCAAAACGUAGUCCUGCAGCAGAGUUUUUACUUCGAGGUGGUCAAUCGAAUACUUGGCUAGUUGGCCACAAUCUUAUUACAAUUACCACCAGCGGAUGUUCGGCGGUUCCAUUUCGUAAUGGACUCUGCGAUCGAUGUUUCAGUAUGUGUAAAGAAAACAACACUAAAUCGGAACCGAGUACUGCCAGUACUGGUUUGCUGUUGUCACCUGAGACGAGUAUCGUGUCCAACAAAGAUUCUGGCGUGGUGGUACCAGGGAGCAGUAACGCCGAUAGUCAAUCUGUCAACAAAAGGUAUACCAAAGCAAGUUUGCAACAUAGUAGUGCAAACGAGUCGGAGAGCACAGAUCUAACGAGUUCAACCUCCUCGUCAUCGGCUGCGACUCCUUUUCCUCAUGGCACAACGACGGCAUUGAAUAAUCGUUUCUUCCGCCAAGGGUCUCAGGAAGGCUACUCAUCGGGAUCACUCGAGACUUUGUCCCGCCGAGGUAGUAAUCCUGAUGCAACUGCCGAAAAUAUUGCAGCAGUUGCAGCUGAUCAACAACAAUCGCAUCCGAAUUUGACCGUUGCUCGAUCUGAGUCUGCUCUGAUGACGACGCUUGGCAACAAGUUGAUAUUACCACAACAACAACAGUCACAACAACAAAAUAAUGCGAGUGGAACUGGUGCUAUCGCUACCGGCGGUUUGAUGGAAAAACCAAUCCAACUUUGUGCAUGUUCUUGCACUGGAUGGGCAGAGAUCUGCAUUCGUCGCCCCACAGGUGUCCUGUCAUGGAUGAUGCGAGUUCAAAACCAGCUGAACUAUGAUUCAUCAAUGGGUGAAUUUCCCCUACAGGAUCUAACCGCUUUAUUCGUACCCAGCCUCGGUGGAGGUAUAGUCGGAGCAGAUUUUCUGGGAGAGAUUCAGCGAAAUACAUCCAAUAUGAAUUUGAAUGCUCCAGCAACUGGGGCAUCAACAGCCAGUUUAAAUAUUGAAGAACUUGAUUCCAAUCCAAAACAAGUUGCACCACCUUCUAGCAUAGCGCCUAAAGCAAAAGUUUCCAUAUCGGACGAAGUAUUCGAAAUUCGGAAAGAUGACGAGAGUAGUGAUAUGGGAGAAGAAGAUGGACUAGAAGAUGCUUUGGCAGCAAGAGCUGAUCGGACUACAAGUACUGGCCCGAUUGACAUUCCUAGACACGGAAAGAAUGAUGACGAAAACGUCGAGUCACACGAUACGAAGGAUGAAGAUGUCGAUGCUGACGUGGAGUUUGACGAUCCCGAAGGAAGAUCUAGGAAUCCAGUUCGAAGAGUUAAUUCCAGCCCUGAAAUGAGAUCGAAUUGGAAGAGUCAAUUCAUAACCAAGGCCAACAAAGAGGUUUCAAUUGGGCCAGCUGGAUCAACUGGGGAACCAGUCGAAUCUACAACAGAAAAUGAAGGGCAGCAGAAGAAAAAGAAUUAUGGAAAAGGUGUCAGUUGCGAAGCUAUUCCCGAGGAAAUAGCAGGUUCGACGCCUCCAAGUGGUCUGAAGUCAACUGUUUCGUCUGAAUCAAAUGAAAGUCUUACUGUUCGUGCAUCUGGCAAUGUUAAGCAACAAGCAGAUUUUACGAGUUCUGGCGCUACCCUGCACCCAUCGGCAUCGCUUCCGGAAUCUUCCGGUUCUGAAGUGUCUAACGCUGCUGUACCACGAAAGCAACAUUCUGCAGACGACGCACUUGUCACUAGAACAGAAGGUACAAGUUCCUCGACAGAAACCAUCGCCUCUCCCGCAAUGAUGCAACCAAUCACACAAACACUAUCUUCUUCAUCGCUCAAUCUAAAACUUCCCAUGGAAAAGGUUACUACCAAGCCACCACAGUCGCCUGCUCCGUUAUCACCUCGUUUGCUUGUUAGAAAUCCAAUCAAUGGGAAAUUGUCCAGUUCGGGUACUGCUUCGCCGUCCUUCCCAGCCAUGUCAGCAGGUGGCAUGCAUCCAAACGAAAACGAUCUUCCCAGAGGACGAUCUAAAACUAUUUCCGUGGCUCGCGAACACUAUAGCCGAGACAAUCUUAAGUGGGGUCUGAACAAGAAUACUAACGCAUCCAGAUUGCGUGGCGAGCAGUCCGGUGGGGGCGUUGCAUCACGAUCGGUAAUUAGUCCAAGCUUUGUUUUUCUGCAGUUGUAUCAUAGCGGUCAAAUUAAUUCAACGGAAAGGCCAAUUUUGAUGGACAAAGAAACGAGUGACAGGGCUAUCCACCUCUUAGAUUUGAUUGCUCCAUUCGAGAAGCACAAGAUUGGUGUUCUCUAUGUCGGUCCAGGUCAGGUCGGAAGCGAAAUAGACAUACUAAAAAAUCGCUACGGUAGUCUACGUUAUGCGAAAUUCCUUCGAAAGCUCGGAACACUUGUCGCGAUCAAAGAAGCCAAAGAGCACAACUUUUUUAUAGAUUUAGAGUGCAAUGGAAAGGAUGGAAAGUUCACCUAUAUUUGGCAGGAUGAUAUCGUACAGGUAACAUUCCAUGUUGCUACGCUGAUGCCGAAUCACAAACAUGAUCCCAACUGUAACGAGAAGAAAAAGCACAUUGGAAACGACUUUGUAUCGAUUGUAUACAAUGAAAGCGGAGAGGAGUAUGAUUUGAAAACUAUUAAGGCUCAAUUUAACUACGCUUGUGUGGUCAUAGAACCGAUUGAACUGGAAAGCAAUCGCGUUUUUGUGCUCGCUCGGUCGGAUAUCGCGCAACACGUAUGCAGCAAACCAAAAAUCGUCUCCGACUCCAGCGCUCCUUUACUUGCUCGACAGAUGGCGCUGCACGCCAAUCUGGCAUCUAUGGUAUCACAAUCACUGAAAACGAAGAACCAGAACCCGUACGCAUCGAACUGGUUGGAAAGGUUACGGAAAAUCAAGAAUAUACGAGCCAAAAUUCCAAAAACCUUAGACACACACGACCAGUCUGGCACUGGCAGUCGGACAGCCGGAGGAAGCGUGGGAUCUGCUCAAGAUCUUACCACACCUUCGACCACCCGAGGAGAUCACUUUAUUACUUAUACUCAGUAGUACUAUAAACUCGCAAAGUGUCAAUAUGAGUUAAACUCAUUGUUCACGAUCAUAUUCACCUUCGAAUUGAAAGCUUUUUUCUAAAAAGAUUAUGGUCCAUAGUUGAUGAAUGUUUUGGACCUAGCACUUAGAAUGGAUGCUUAAAAUAAAUAUCUUACAAUAUUGUUACAAUAUCUGCUCGUUGAUGGGGGAAAGGGAGGGGGGUGUUGCUUCUCUAAUUUUCUGGCCAUCACAUGAUAUGAUUUGGUAUUCUUAGUAUGUAUAACAAACAUAACGAUGUGAUGCAAGGUGCCAAAAACGCAAUAAAAUCCUGUGAAUCCGAUUUUGCAUUGGAUUUUCUGCUCUAAAGAUAUCAUCAAGGGGCCGUUUAUAAACGAUGUCGAAUAUUAACAGUUCAUCGCUGUUGUGCUAUCUUAUGACAAGCGCCAUUUAGCACAUUUCGAGAAAUACGAUUUUUAAAGUUUGAGAUUGAAUAUCUUGAAACUUAUAAAUGGUAUAAACAUUCCAAAGAAGACAAUUAAUGCUUCUAUCUAUUCUUCAUCAAUCUCUCAAAUAUUACGAAGAUCGCUUGACUAUGUUGCGAGUUUUUACUAUGAAUGUAAACAAAAGUCGCACUCACACGUGUCAUAGGCGUGUAUUGAUGACAAAAUUUGUAUGACGUGUCAUAAUCGUGCAUGAAAAAUUUUCCAUAGAAAAAAAUCAUCAAUUUUUAACUUUUAUUCAUAUCUUUGCGUUCAUAUGGGCUAUAAACAAUCGGUGAAAUGCAUUUUGAAGGAAAUGAGUCAGGGCAUCUAGAAAAAAUAGUUAUUUUUAGUUACAGUGUUGCCAAAUAUCCUUUAUUUCCAAUUUAAAACUAAAACUGUGUUUUUCUCACAACUCGUGUAAUUUUCUUUUGAAAAUGUUUAUGUCAUUGUGUUCCUCAGACAUUUUCACGCAUAAAAACAUCUAAAACUUCAAUAUAACUUGAGCAAAUCCCUAGAUACAGUGAUUUUAAGCAAAAAACUCACAAUUUCUCAUGACGUUUCUCGCAAUAUCUAAGUAACCAAGUAGAAUUUCAAAAUUCUGAAAACGCCACUUUGUAGAGAUUUUUCAAACAAGUAAUGUGGCAUAUGAGCGACCGAAAAUAAAAGUCGCAAGGGCAGAACAUGCUUCGUAAAACCCGUUUCAAAUAUAUUAGAAUAUAAAAACCGGAUAUAAACUUCAAGCAUGAAAAUCGGACUGGGACUUUCUUCUGCAAGAGUCGGAUAAAAAAACCUUUAUAUAAAAACCGGAAGAAAACAUGUCCGAUUCUUACAACGAAGUUUUUGUUAGCCGACUUUUAAUCUUGAACAUCACGAUAUACGGAUGCUCCUGCGAAUCAUUUAUUUAUUUUUAACCGGUUUUUAUACUGAAGGCCCAUUUUCACCGAGUUUUGCGGGUGAGCAUUUUUAAGCGAUUCUUAUGCUGAAGAAUCUCCGUCCGAUUUUUACGCUUGAAGUUUAUUUCCGAUUUUUAUAUUCAAAUAAAUUUGGAAUGGGUUUUACGAAGCAUAUUCUAUCCUUGCGACUUUUAUUUUCGGUCGCUCAUAUCUAACUCAGUUUACCCCAAAAUGGCGUUUGUCAUAAGAUAGCACAACAGCGACGAGUUAGGGUGGAGCGUAAUGCAACAUGGUUUAGCAAAAUAAAAUCUGAAAAUAUGAGACGUACUACAGGUAUACCUCGAUUUAACAUACAUUUUACGAUUCCAUCAUGUACGUUCAAUCGAAUUUUAUGUAAAAUCGAAACACAAAAGAAAUAUUUGUUUUCGAAUAGAAUUCUUUUUUUAUUCAUCACGAAAUAUUUACGAGGAUAUUACUGAUUGUAUCCACCUAACAGUGACAUAGAAACCACAUAUUCACAAUUAAACAAUUAGAUUGUUCUUCUGAACAUAAACAACAUAUUUAUCUUAACCUUGCCAAGUAUUCGCCAAUUCUAACAGAUAUUCAUUUCAUAAAUUUCGUCGCAAAAUUUUCUCAGAAUUCAGGAUAACUUAUAAGAAUAAUCAACAAAUUUUGAUUAACCAUUGUGUACAUGAAGAGCACAAUGCCUAAUUUUAGUAAGUAAGAAAAUUUGUGUUUCUAUUUUGUCUCAUCUUUAUCUUGGUAGACCAAUCUGUCCGUCAGAUAAUCGCAGAAUUCAAAAAGAGAACACUACUUGAGUUCACGAGCAAACGACUAGUCACGAAGUUUUGUAAGCACAGGAGUUCUACUUGCAGAAAAAAACAACCAAAUCGAGCCAUUGUAGCGCUAUAGUUCUCCUUAAGGAAAAGUUCAAUUAAAUCAUUUUGUGCACGACAGAUACAAUACCUCAGUUUAAAAGUCGAACUCAUCAGAAUGAAUAUGACAUUUUAAUUACAAUACAAAAAUAUUUUUAAAAAAAUUGUUUAAUCCUUAUGUACGACGAGGAGGUGGAAUUCACUGGAAUGUUGAUGUCACUAUUAUAGAUCUCCAAAAUAGCCGCGUAGCAUGUGAUAUCUAAAGGCAAGAAUUGAUCCACUGGUUUCCUGCUCCCACGUUGUAACAGGCGACAAAGACGGAAAUCUUUUCAUUAUUUGGAUCUAUCUCUUUUUUACAUAUUUUAUUAGCCUAUUAUUUAUUGGAUCUAUAUCCUAGAUUUCUAUUUAAACGUGAACAUUUAUUAUGGUACUCCUGGGGGCCAAGUAUCCAGAGUCCUCGAUCAUCUUAAAUCGUACGCAAAUGCCAGUACAGUUUAUUCGAAUCCCAAUCUCUACUAACGACCAUUCUCUACCCGUUGCAGUUGUUAAUAGUAAUAUAUCCAGAUAUACAGAAUACGCAGUAAUAUAUGAAUAAUAUAAACACAAUCAGUGUCGGACUAACAUUGCUUUUGUGUGCUUCUUCUGUUUGGAUUAAGUAAUGACUGGCACCGGUAUUGAUAAAUAAACACCGUGAGCUUACCAGGAGUCGUACAUUGAAGGAAGACUUGUAUCUUCCAUCAUUAUCGUCUAUUGCAUUUUUUUGCAAGAGGAAUCGAUCCAUUAUGAAGUUUUUUUUUGAAAAAUGUCCACAUGCACUGAGAAAUUCACCUGUUCAAUACAGCCUGAAAAAAGAUAUUAUCUUUAGCAAGAAUCGAGCUUACGUUCUUUCAAGCUCUAGUUGGGUGCGUUAACAUCGAGGGACUGUCAUGACUUCAUUACAACAAAUUUCCAACAGUUUCGUAAUAACUGCUACAGCCUCAAUGCCUAUUAGUGGAACUCACCGUCCGCCAAUAUCUCGUCAUCGCCCUAUACCUUCCAUCAACCAUAUCUUUCCAGUUAUCUAUUUUUAACUUACACAUAAAAACCCAUAAAACUAUUAUCAGGAAAUAACUCGAACCACAAAUUCGUGUAUUCAUUUUGCUGUGCGGUAUCAAAAUAAGAAUGUUUUUGUAUCUCAGAAUCAUAAACAUAAUCUAGCGAAAAAACGAAAAUAAAUUAUGUUUCUUUAAGCAUUGGAAGUGAAUCAUAGAAUAAAAUUGAUAUUGAUUCUUAACAUUUCGUUUUAGUAACAUUGACAUUAAAAUUUUUUUGCAUGAUGUUAAAUCGAGGUAAAAAUUACGUUAAAUCGAAAUAUGUUAAAUCGAGGGUAUGUUAAAUCGUAAGUAUGUUAAAUCGAGGUAUACCUGUAGUUGAGCGGGAGUAUUAAAACUGACAACAAGUUGCCAUGUGCUGUGCUUGAAGGGGAAAAGUAUGUUAGAUUAUUUCCUUUUUUUUCUGCGAGACAUUUUUUAUCAAUGGCCCCAAACAAACAAUAUUCCAUAACGAAUAUCACGUAACAUCGAUGUCAGAGCAGUGGGGUCAAGGCCAAGUUCCCUCUGGUUCGUGCUGAACUAAGAAGCAACAUCUAUUUAGGCACCGAGAACAGAUGUCCAGCGUAAACGUAAAAGUUGAGAAAAUAAACAUACCAAGAAAAUAAAAUGCAUAAAAUACUUUUGUUUAUAACACUAUGCUUUCGUACUCUCUUCCCCUUACUACACGAUAAAGCUACAAAAAGCACAUACUUGCUUCGCAUAUGCUAAUGUAGGGGUACAUGGGAGACUUGACCAAGCGCAAAUUUCUAUUGGCUAUGACGUGUUCUAUUAGACUUAAAAAAAAUUUCAAAAAUAUGUUUAUGCUUGUUUCGAUGCGGUAAUCGGUAAUUUCAAAAGUUUGGAAUAAAAAAUUCUUUCCUUAUAGAAAAUAUUCCGUAAUUUGAUUUUAAAAUUUGGUUCAAAUGAUGUAAUUUUUUAUCAAACUUUGUAUGGACAUAUCUACUCGACUAAUAAUUAUUUUCAAAGUACCUAUAUCAUAUCAUAUUCCUCAUGAAGUAGUGAAAUGAUUUUACAUUAAUCGAAAUAUUGCAAUAGUUAUUACUAAAAUUUGUACGACAUUGAACGUAAAAACUAAUAUUGGGGAGAUUUGACCAAGUGGCAAUAAUCUGAAGAAAGAUACAAAAUUUCCGACAUUUUUUACGCUGUGGUACCUACUGUUAAUGUUAAUCACGUCACACAAAAAUCCCACCUAAAACAUCUGUCAGUUUAGUACUAGUAAUCAAAGUUUGCACUAAUAUGACUAAUUUUAUAAUCUAAGCAGUACGGAUAAUCCUUAAAAGGAAAUGCAUUUGAAAAAUCUAAAUUUAUGAAACGCAUUUUUUUUACUGCUACCUAAUGAUCUCGACAAUAUGGAAAAGAGGAUUACAGUAUGUUUGACCCAAGUUUUCAAUAUUCUUUUGGUCAAGUCUCCCCAGGCCUUGGUCAAGUCUUCCCGCAAUGGGGAGGCUUGACGAAAAAAACGUUCGCAGAAAAACUUUUAUAACUUUUGCAAAAGUAAAUUAAAAAUUCUACAAAACAUCAUGAACACGCACAAUACCUUUGCACAUCAUAUCAAUGAGUUUUAAAGGAUUGAAAUUUUUUUAGAGAUUUAUGCAGAUUUAGCUGAAAACCUGGUCAAGUCAACCCCUACACAUUUUCACAGACGGGCACACGGUGUCUUUGUCCAACAACUUUAUUCAAAAAAAAAAAAUCGGCAUAUGUAAAACUUCGGGAAAUGAAAGAAUGGACUUUUUCCCUUUCAUUUGAAAGUAAAAUUAAAAUAUUUUGUCGGGGGGGGUCUCGAACAACUUUUUAUUUUAAAGUUUUUUGAUUGAAAACUUAAGUUUUUAAAUGAAAUUAAUUCGCAGUUUUGCUACUACAGACAUUCAAAAAAUACUAAAAGUGAGAAUCUGAUGAACAAUCCCAUUGUCUACAACUUCGUAGAAUGCUAUAAAUCGAUAUAAGAUCACCCGAGAAAGUUAUUAAAAUUUUAUCAGCUUUUAGGUGUGCGCGGGGCAUAUGGACUAAGAAGUCUAUUAACAAGGACUUACCAAAAAAUGUUGGGUUUAAAUGAACAGUAAAUUUAGAUAAAUUUCAAUGUAUACAAAGUCCCAUUCUCAGCAGAAAAAAUAUAUUUUCGGAUUUCUCCGGGUCUUGAGCGAAAAUAACACUUUAUGAUUAAGGAGAUGUGGAAAGGUGUUAACUAAAUUUAUUCGAUAAUCUUAUACCUUUUCAAGGAUUGUACGUCGAUUCCCGGUUUACCAUUUCCCGGAAUGUCAUUUCCCAGAAAACCAUUUCCCGGAAUGUACCAUUUCCCGGAAAACCAUUUCCCGGAAUGUACCAUCUCCCAGAAUAUCAUUUCCCGGAAUGUACCAUUUCCCGGAAUACUAUUUCCCGGAAUGUACCAUUUCCCGGAAUACCAUUACCCGGAAUGUACUUUUUCUCGGUAAUUAUUUAUACUAUUGAAAUCUAAAGUUAACAUGUAAUUUGAACUUUAAGAACAAAUCCAGAGCUAUGUUGACUUACAUAUGGGUCAUUCCAUGCGAAGUGAUCAAAAAAAUAUGCAAACUUGAAAUCGACCUUCACGGAUUUGAACCAAAUUUAAAGGAAUUGUUCAUCUAGGGCCAAUAUAUAAAAACCCAAAUUUUUGUGUCAAUUGAACCACCCCUCGGGUCAUGGGAGCACCCCCCGUUUUGGCAAAUUGCCAAAACGCUUGAUUUUCUUUUGAUCAUAUCUCCGGUUCUAUUUACUCUAGAAUCAAACCGUAAAUUGGCUUUUGAAGAAAAUUGUUCAAGGAGUCUAGAAAUAAUAUUAUUUUCUGCCGGCAGUGCUGCCAACUAUGCGAUUUUUCAGUUAAAUAUUAAAAGUUAGUUUUUCUCUCAAUACAUAUAUUUUAAUUUUGAAAAUUUUAAUGCCAUCGCGUUCCUCAGACAUUUUUACAUAAAAAACACUUAUCAUCCCAAUAUAAUAUGAGCGCAUCCUGAGAUAUACCGUUUUUCCUCUAUUCUUUAUUUCACAUUAUUCCGCGACAAAUAAAAUUUACAAUCAAGAUAUGAUAAGCUUUAUAGAUAUUGAUUGACUGUGCUGGAAUAAAACAUGAAGACAUUAUUCUGCAUUCCAAGUUUUUGUUUGGUUCGCUUGACACCUUAUCUUUGCUCUCUAAUCAUAUUAAUAAAAAACAAGCGCUCAUAAACCAAUAAUGUACCAGAAAACAGAUUAUGCUUAAAAAAUGCAAUGUCUCAAAGAAGAUUGUUAUGAAUUAUUAAUUUCCAAAAAAGUACUCAAAUUUUAAAGAAGACAUUCAAAAAUAUUUUUCAUGAUUUGCUCAUCUCCAAAAGAAGGCGAAUAAGCUCAUAGAAUAACAAUUAUAAUUCAAAAAGUUAUAACCCCAUAGAAAAUCCUCCCGAUUUUCCCACCGACUAAAUCGGCUUGCGUCGGCACAAUCGGCCGCCUAUGCCACCAAUUAAUCGGUCGAUUGUUGCACCAACUCUUAUGGGGGUUUAACAUCGACGUCAGCCGACACGACAACCGAUUAAAUAUGACAGACGAAAUCUGUAGAAAUCGGUCUAUUUCAACCAAUUAAAUCGAUCGAUUAGUUGAUAGUUUAAAACUGGAACCAGAUUCACACAGAUUAAAUCUGGCGAUUAUUAUGGUGACGAAAAUUGUCCACCGACCAAACCCGUCUUGGUCGUUUAAUUAAUCUGUCGACCUCGAAGCACCCGUUUUUGUCGGUCGACUGUGAAAUUUAUGAACUGUCAAAUUUUCUAUGGGAAAGGUAUGUUAGGACCACUAGUACUUAAAUCCAAUAAAACACCAAGAAUAUUUUGAAAGAGUUCUUAAAAGAAUGUGAAACUACAUAGAAAUAGAAAGUACAUAUAAAUCAAAAACAUUCCAAAAAUAACGACAAGGAAGCAUGCAUGUAUAAGAAAGAAAAACCGCAGAUUUUUUAGAUGAUAGAAUAUAUCUGAAGCAUUGUUGAGAUGUUAUUCUAACUUACAUUUAAAAUCAAUAAAAUUCCAAACAUAUUUCCAAA